UGCAGCUCAGCUUCCGAGGGUUUACUCAGAAGACAAAGAAGGUUCGCUGUGGCCAGGACGCUGUCUUCGGAGAGCUCUUUCGCUGGCCACAUUAUGGGAAGCUCAUUAUGGAAGAGAUGCUGCUAGUUAAAGUUUACAACUGCAGUAAAGUUUUCAGUAACAGACUGCUUGGUACCUUAGUCAUCAGCCUUCAGCACCUAGUGACAUCUGGACGCCUGACCCUCAGAGAGGCCCUUGUUGACAAGAACCACAGCAUCACUGGGAUCUAUAUCGAGCUAGAUUUGCGCUACCAGCCUCCUGAUGGCUCAGCGGGUACAUGGCUUGAAGAGGAUUUUGUCUACCAGAUGAAAGACAGCUCCGAGUUAAUUAUUCGCAACGUUGGAUUCGAGGAGCUGCAGCCAGCUGACGUGAAGCAAGCUCGUGAGCUGGAUAAGAAGGCCACAGCACUGGGCAGGAAGCUGGUGAAGGGCCUAGAGACUGACGAGGAGGAGGAGGAGUAUGAUGAUGAAUCUGAUAUGGAGUUCUUGGGCAUCGUCUUCAGCCCUGUCAAGAGCCGUUCCAGACGCCUCUGCAAGUGGGACCUGUUUGCCACUCCUAGACCACAAAGCUUCCAGAUCGGGAUCAAUGUCAUUGAAGCCCAGAAGCUGGUGGGGGUGAACAUUGACCCCUUUGUGGUGGUGAAAGUUGGAGAAGAGAAGAGGCACACGGCAACGCAAAAGUCAACGAACUGCCCCUUUUACAAUGAGUAUUUUGUGUUUGAAUUCCAUGAGCCAAGGGAAGUUUUAUUUCACAGACUCAUAGAGAUUUCCGUUUUUCAUUCAAAGAAGAUCCCGUUCCUGGGAACACGCAUAGGAACAUUCAAAAUCGACACAGAAACUGUGUACAGCCAGCCAGAUCACAGGUUCUUUCAGAAGUGGGCUGUUAUCAAUGACCCGAAGGACACCAGGGCAGGAGUGAAAGGCUUUGUGAAGUGUAACAUUUCUGUCUUUGCACGAGGUGAUAUAAUGGGCUCUCUUCCCACUUCCUCUAGCAGCCAGAAUGAAGACAUUGAAAAGAACUUGCUGCUGCCUAAGAGAGUCCCAGCUGAGAGACCAUGGGCCAAAAUCUGCAUCAAAGUUUACCGAGCCGAGGGCCUGCCCAGCAUGAGUGCUGGGAUCAUGGGGGGGUUCUCAAAGAUUGUGGGCGAGAAGAAAGUUUUCAUUGAUCCAUAUGUGCAAGUCUCAUUUGCUGGGCAACAGGGGGAGACCUCGGUGGAAAAUGACACUGCAGAACCGGAGUGGAACGAGCAGAUCAGCUUCAUUGAGAUGUUCCCUCCUCUUGCCAGAAAAAUAAAAGUCCAACUGUUAGAUGAUGCAAACAUUGGGGAGGUGGCACUCGCUACGCACUUCAUUGACCUGCAGCAGAUAUCUGACCCUGGGAGGAAUGGUUUUAACCCCACCUUUGGCCCAUCCUGGGUGAAUCUCUAUGGCUCACCCCAGAACUCGGCUCUGCGGGAUGUCCACAAGGAUCUGAACGAGGGCCUGGGGGAGGGCAUAUUCUACCGUGGCCGCAUCCUCCUGGCCAUUUCUGUGGAGAUUUUCAGCAGCCCCAGCGCAGUAGAUGGCAAGCGCAAGGAGGUGCUGAGGGGCACCCUGAGCAAACUGACAUUGAAGAAGAAAAGUAAAAAGGCCAAGGAGAAAUCCAAGGCCAGCACCAAAGAGCAGCGUCAGAAGCAAGGUGGGGACGAGGCUGGCAGCCCCGAGGAAGCAGAGCAGCCCAGCGAGGUCACUGUGGAGGUGGAGGAGCUCCAUCCGCUCCCAGAGAACUCACUGGGAGUGAAGGAAGAAUUCCUCCUCUACGCUGCCUUCUUUGAGGUGACUAUGAUGGACCCCUCCAUAGGCUCCAAGCCCGUCCGUUUUGAGAUCUCAAUAGGGAACUAUGGGAAAGCUGAAGAGGUUGUGACCAAAAUGCCUAAGAAAGGUCAGAAAGGAGAAGAGCCUGAAGACAAGCAGCCUUUGUUGGAUCCCAGUUCAGACGAGGAGCUGGAUAUUGAAGUUAUGGCCCCGAGUCCAACUUUACAGAAUAAAUCCAUGACAGAAAGCCAAAGGCCAGAGCCCACCGAAUACGAUAGUUCUUACAGCUGCCUACCCUUGCUGCAUGAGAAGCCAUGUGUGUACGUCUGGAGCUAUUGGGAAGAUCACACCUGGAGGCUCUACAAUUCCAACUGGAUUGUCAAAAUAGCAGAACGCUUGGAACAUGGACUGGAUGAUGUGGAGACACUCAUGAGGAGGCCAAAGUCUAAAGCAGAAGACAAACUCAAGCAGGUGCUGGAGGAGUUUGUAGCUGGAUGCAGGCAAUAUUCACUGAAUGCUGAGAAAAAAACGAUGUCACGUCCAAACAACCUCGACAGAUGUCGGCUGAAAUCCCUGACACACAACAUUAUCCUGUGUGCGAAGCAGGGGCUCCGCGUCAGGAGGCGGCUGACUCGAGCCAACGUGAAGGAGAAAGUGAAUGACACAAAGAGAAUCCUCGGAAAGCUGCGCUCCCUGGCUAAAGAGCCCCAGUGCACGCUCCCCGAUGUCCUACUCUGGAUGUUCACCAAUAACAAGCGAGUGGCAUACACAAGAAUUCCUGCACAGAAUGUCCUCUACUCUGUAGUGGAAGAGGAGAAAGGCAAGGACUGUGCAAAGAUCCAGACCGUCUUUUUGAAGGUCCCAGGGUCGCGCACCGGAGAGAUCUUCGCCAAACUAGAGAUCUAUAUGUGGCUGGGGGUGACCAAGUACGUGAAGAACAGCACUGCCGAACUGCCUGAGGAGUUCAAGCCCGUCUAUGAGAGUGGCCAGCAGACAGCACGGCUCCCAGCGCACGUGCCGCCCAGCCGGCUCAGCAGGGAUGACUUCAGUUACUUCCAGCUACGAGCUCACUUGUACCAGGCUCGGGGGAUCCUGCCUGCUGAUGACAAUGGCCUUUCAGACCCAUUUGCAAGAGUGGUGUUUUCGACGCAGUGCCAGACCACCAGGACCUUGGAGGAAACCCUGAGCCCCUUGUGGAAUGAGCUACUUUUAUAUGAUCAGCUGAUUAUUGAUGGGAGGAGAGAGGAUUUGAAGACCGAGACCCCAGUUGUUGUCAUCAAUAUCUUUGACCAUAAUAAAUUUGGUUCUCCAGAAUUUCUUGGCCGGGCCUUUGCUACUCCACAGGUGAAGCUGGUGGAUGAACCAUACUGCAAACCUGCCUUGCAGUUUUUUGACAUUUACAAAGGAGCCAAAGCAGCUGGAGAAUUAAUUGCUACCUUUGAGCUGAUCGAGCUGGAUUACAGUGGCUACUUGGAGCCUUCAGUGCCCAAAGACGUGGAACCCAAGGAGCCAGACUUCCUGGAGGACCCCCGUUCUGGACGCUUCAUUAUCCCAGAGGGAAUCCGGCCCAUCCUCAAAGAAUUCCGCAUAGAGAUCCUGUUCUGGGGCCUGCGAGACUUGAAGCGGGUGAACCUGUUUGAGGUAGAUCAGCCCCAGGUGAUCAUUGAAUGUGCCGGGAAGAAAGUGGAAUCGGAAGUGAUCGUGUCAUACAAAGAGAACCCCAACUUCAACGAGCUGGUCAAAUACAUCAACGUGGAGCUCCCAGAGCAGGUGUACCUGCACCCACCCCUAAGCAUCUUUGUGGUGGAGAAGCGAGCUUUUGGGCGCACCGUGCUGGUGGGGACCCACGUGGUGUCCCAUAUCAUGAAAUUCUCUCCCAGAGAGAUGGAGGAGCUGGAGGAGGGGCCAGAAAAUCCACCCAAAGCACGGAAAGCCUCUGCUCGACCCAACAUCUCCCAGACGGUGAUCAACAUUGGCCUGACCGCUAGCGACAUGAGCAGCAAAGCCAACCCCCUGAAUCUGGUGAAGGCUCCUCUGAAGAAAAUUCCUAUCAAUAAACUCAUAAAGAAAGAGGAUGAGUUUGUGGAGGAAAAGCCAGAGUUGGAAGAACUGGAUUGGUGGUCUAAGUACUAUGAGUCCUUAAAGGAAAUGAGCAACCAGUGCAACAGUGACGAGGAGGACGGGGACAACGACGACCCGAAUGAGGCAGAUGGAGGAAACUUAAAUGUGGAUUCUAUUGAUGUGGAAGCAGAAAAUGGAGUGAUAGUUGAAGCCGAGCCAGUGAGGCCCAAAAGGAAACUCAUAGCUACGCUGCAGAUCUACAGCUCAGAGCUGGAAAACGAGUUUGAUAAUUUUGAAGACUGGCUGUAUAUCUUUCCGCUUCAUCGGGGCAAGACAAAUGAGGAUGAGGAUGGAAAUGAGGAUGAGAACUUUGUGGGGAAGUAUAAGGGUUCAUUCUUUGUUUAUCCUGCUGAGGAGGCAGGUACAGAGCACAAGAUCUCACAGGGGGUUCCCAGAAACAGACCCGUCAAGGUGCUUGUCCGAGUUUAUAUUGUUAAGGCAACGAACCUGGCUCCGGCAGACCCCAAUGGCAAGGCAGAUCCCUAUGUGGUGGUAACACUUGGGCAAGAGAAGAAGGACACAAAGGACCGCUACAUCCCUAAGCAGCUCAAUCCUGUGUUUGGAGAAGUUAUGGAACUGAGCAUAUCCUUUCCGAUGGAAUCAGAACUCACUGUUUCAAUAUUUGACCAUGAUUUGGUUGGGUCUGAUGACCUGAUUGGGGAGACGAAGAUUGACUUGGAGAACCGAUUCUACAGCAGACAUCGAGCUAACUGCGGAGUGGCCUCCCAGUAUGACACAGAUGGCUAUAACAUGUGGCGAGAUGCUUUCAAGCCCACACAGAUCUUGGAGAGUUUGUGCAAGAAGAGCUCUCUCCCCUCCGCAGAGUACAGGCGGGAGGAGGUCAAAGUGAACAACAAGAUCUUCAAGGUCCCUCCUGAGGCUUUCCCUGAAGAGGCCUUUGUGAAAGACAAGAGAGAAAUGGACGACGAGACUUGGUCAGCAUAUGAUGAGCAGAAGGCUUUGUAUGUCCUGCAGCACUGGGAUGAGAUGCCAGAGUACGGGUACAGACUGGUCCCAGAGCACGUGGAGGUUCGGUCCCUUUACAACGCAGAGAACCCCGGGCUCGUGCAGGGCUCCCUCCACAUGUGGAUUGACAUGUUUCCAAAUGAUGUCCCAGCACCUCCCCCUGUCAAUAUCAAGCCUCGGCUGCCAAUCAGUUACGAGCUGCGUGUCAUCAUCUGGAACACAGACGACGUGAUUCUUGAUGACGUUAAUCCAAUAACAGGAGAAACCUCCAGCGACAUCUACGUGAAAAGCUGGAUCAAAGGUCUGGACCAUGAGAAACAAGAAACAGACGUUCACUUUAACUCUCUGACUGGGGAAGGCAACUUUAACUGGAGGUUUGUGUUCCACUUUGACUACCUCCCGACUGAGAAGGAGAUCUCCUAUAAGAAGAAGGACUCCAUCUUCUCACUGGAGGAAUCUGAGUUCAGGGAGCCAGCUGUCCUGGUCCUUCAGGUCUGGGAUUAUGACAGGAUUUCAGCGAAUGACUUUCUAGGAUCCAUUGAACUGAAGCUGAACGACAUGGUGAGGGCAGCCAAGAGCUCUGAGCAGUGCACCAUUAAGAUGGCCAAGGAAAAGGCCACUCCCCGCUUCUCCAUCUUCCGGAACAAGCGGAUGAGGGGCUGGUGGCCCUUCAUCAAACUGAAAGACCAGGAAGAUGAGGAGCGAGAGGAGCGAGAGGCCAAGGAGAAGAAGAAGAAGAAGAAGAAGAAGAGGUCAUCGAUUAAGCCGGAAGACAUUGAGUUCACAGACCCCAGUGGGAACAAGUACAUCCUGACGGGCAAAGUGGAAGCUGAGUUCCAGCUACUGACUGUGGAGGAGGCCGAGAAGAACCCUGUUGGUCUGGGCCGAAAAGAGCCUGAACCCCUGGAGAAGCCCAACCGUCCAAAAACAUCCUUCAACUGGUUUGUGAAUCCCAUGAAAACCUUCAUCUUUUUUAUCUGGAAGCGGUACAAGAAGUACAUCAUUGCUUUGGUCAUUAUUGCUGUGGUGACCAUCUUCCUGGUCCUUUUACUCUACACAAUGCCUGGGUACAUUAGUGAGAAGAUCAUCAAUGGAUAAGUGCGGUCAGAGACUGGGCUCCCCAGAGGACCGUGGUUGUUGCUCCAGAAAUUGACACUUUAUACCGAAGUUUUUAAGGGCAGUUUGCCAGUGACUGAAGGUCCUGGGACUCUUUGUAAAUGCUGCAUCAGGAGGAAGAGGAGUGGAGAUGCUGCCCUCUCUGGGUAGUUGUAUUUCAUGCUUAGAACUUGUGAUACGCUGUGGAGCAGACCGAUAAUGAUUUGGGUAAAUUGUUUGGUUUUCGUUAGUUGGGAGGACUCUGUCCCAACUGAGGUUGGCUGUGGGGAGAUUUGCAACAAACAUCAGCUCUGUCCCUCUCUCCCUUGAGCUAAGCAGAGGAGCCUCUCUGAGAGCCGUGGGAGCAGCACUGCUGCUUUCUCUGCAUGGCUUCAGCAUAAUAACGCGGAGGCUUUUCACCUGGAGAACUUAGUGUACUUUACAAGGUGGCGACGUGUUCCUGUCCCCUUUGUACAGGUCAGAGAGUCGGGGCACGUCUGCACUAUGGAGACUACAGUGCCAAGGCUGUACAGACGCAACCUGUCCCAGCGAAAGGGGUUUUGCCAUUGCCUUAGGACCGACAGCUGUGCUGACCCUGGGGGUUAGGUUAGAGCUGGGUCAGUCAGGGGGUGUUUUUUCACAGCUCUCACUGAUGUAGCCAUGUCAGCCUGGCGGUCAAGUGUAGACCAGGCCUCAGGGGCAGAGCUGGGACCAGCAGAGUGACAAGUAGAGACGCUAGAGAGGUGCUGCAGCAGGCCAGCAAAGAGAGGGGGGAAGGAAUGAAGGAGCCAAACUGUGUGUGACCCUCUCCAUGACUUGGGUAGGGGUGAGGGACAGGCAAAUCUGAGCCCACUUGUGAGCUGGGGAUUCCCAGCCAGGCGUGGCCCCCUCCCCCGCCCACCCUCCACACUGCUGUUAAACACACGUCUUCCCACGUAGUCCUUGUGUUAGACCUUUACUCCCUCUGGGCUAGAAAACCCCAAAGGAUCUGACCCAUUACUUGCUGCUUCUCUCCACUCAGCAUUUGCUGAGCUUUCCCAGCAGCUUUCAGAGGCCUAGUGUGCACCCAAACAUAGCUCAGCCUAGCUACAUUGCUCAGGGCUAUGAAAACGUCACACCCUGGGCGCUAUUUGGGUUCCCUACUGUAGAUACAAGAAUUCUCCCAUUGACCCUGCUGCCGCCGCCCGACAGGGCAGGUUAACUAACAAUCCCCUCUUGCGUUGCUGUAGUAAGUGUCUACACUGCAGGAACGCAGUGCAGCUGUGCCUCUAGCACGUCUGUAGUGGAGAGAUCCCUGGAGAAUGUAAGGGCCACUUGUUUGUCUGGUUCAGACUCCAGCCCAGGGCUCCUUCUCUCUCCUACUAACUGAUCGGGAUGAUUAACAGUCACUCUUGUCUUGUUGUGUUUUGCACCAGAUUUGUAGAUAUUUAUAUGGAGGUUAUUUAUAUGAACAGUGCAAAGUGGCACCAGA